AUGCUGCUGCGGCACACCAACGUAUUCCAUUCGUUAUCCAUCGGUCGUACGCCGGUCGUCCUGUCGGCGUUGAUCCUGCUCGUCGUACUAUUGUCAACAUCGUUAGCCGAGCAGCAAACAUGGACGGUUCCUGACGAUGGUGCAGCGCUGGCCCAUGAGAUACCCGUUCUGCAUACGGCGUUCGUGCAGAUCGGCGAAGAGCUGCACUACAUAUCAAAUCAAUUGCACGCGGAUCGAGUUCAGCAUUUGCCGGUGUUGGAGACGGUCAAGAUGGACGAUGAGAGCCUCAAAGUUGUGUCGGUGGCCGACGCAAAAAUGCCGGUGCAGUUGGAGCCGUCCAUGCUUGACUUCGGUGAAAAUUCUGUUGGUACAGUGCAGAACAAAGUGAUUUACUUGCGCAACACGCACAAUGAAGAAAUCGGUCUCGAUGCGGUCGUCGUGAACUCGAUCGAGUUUCAGGCGUCGUUUUAUAAAAAAUUGACGCUCGCGCCACUCGAAACAACGCCCAUUAAUGUGGCAUUUUUGCCUCGUGAAGUCGGCAAACGCGAAGGCCAAGUCAAUUUCUACACAUCGGCCGGCAUAUUUGGCUAUAAGGUUGUUGGCAAUUGCAUUUCGAAUCCCUAUCGAAUCGCACCGUUCGCCGGCCUUCGUGUGCCGAUGAACAGCACGAUCACGAAGCCGAUCGUCCUCUACAAUCCGCACCAUUUUGCGAUAAGCGUCAAUGAGAUAUCGAGCAGCGGCGGCAACGUUCACGUCGAAAUGCCGUACACGAUUGAUGAUAUUGACGCCGAAGAGAUGCCGCAAUUGUGGCACAUUCGGCCGUUCCAAUCAAAGCAUGUCGCCAAUAUGGUGCUCGUUGGCGCCAUGACCGAAAACUCGACGGCGUUUGUGCGAAUGGCGGUGAAGCCAGCGGAUCCCGAAGUAAACGAGGAAAUUGACGAUAUUUACUUGACGCUUCCAUUCGAGGUGACAUUGAGUCGCGGUGUCUACUCAACGUCCGAGAUGCUCGAUUUUGGCUUGUUGCGCAAUGACGAGCGCUCGAAUCCUUUAGUUUUUUCAGUUUUUCAAUUUAAAUUAGGCAGUAGGCUAGAAUUUGAGACACUUUAUGUUGAAAAAGGUGAUCACACGGGAAUUUACAUGGAGUUUGCUUCGCAUCCGCCGAUCGCUGUAAUGCCGCCGACGAGAACCGCACUCACCACGGGACCCGUCACCGAUCUCGUCAAAGUCUAUUUUGACGCGUCGAAAUUGGAUUUUGGCGGAAAACCGACGGCGAUGAAACGAUAUACGGGAUCGAUAAUUGCGGUCUCGCGAGGCGGCAACUAUAAUUUGUCGAUUCCAUUUAAGGCUGAAGUCUUUAAAGGCGAUAUUAUCCCUGUGGGCAAUGAUCUGGCCCUUCAAGAAGACCUCCGACCACCGCAUCAGCGAACAAUUCGACUAGAAAAUCGCCUACCGUUCGACAUUGCCAUUUGGAAUGUUUCGUUGUCGUCGAACGCCCAAUCGCACUUCAGCGUACGUCUUCUGAAUCAGGUUAUCGCGAUUUCGUCUGGCGACAUUGGUCCGGCGUUCGUUCUCAAAUACAACAAAAAGGUGCCGAACGAUUUCGCGAACGGUUUCGUCUAUGUGCAAACGAAUGCGUCGACAUUCCGCCUCAAAAUCGACAAAUACAAUGGGAAAAUGAACAUCGAACUCACAUCAGUCGACAAGGAUCGAUUUGAUUUUGGAUAUGUUGAAAGAAACGACACGAGAAGCAUUCGAUUCAUAGUUUGGAAUCAUAACAACGCGCAAAUGAAGCUACACAAGCUUGCCGUUCCGUCACGCGAUGCUUAUCGUCUAUACGAAGUUGGGCAGUUGAAAGUCGGAAAUUUGUUUAAUGAUGUAUCUAAUGACGAGAGAAUUGAAUACGUUCAGGCCACUGACGUGGAAGUUGCACCGAACAGCGGAAUCGUUUUCGAUCUUGAGCUCAAGGUGCCGUUUGACGGAGCUGUGUGCAAUGAUCAUAUUCUGUUCGAGACUGAGUUUGAGAGCAAACUGUUUCCGGUGACUUAUCACGUCUCGACUGGCUCGUUGCAAUCAAUACCCGAUGAAUUCUCAUUCGGACUCACAUCGCCGGCGAGACUGGUGUACCGGACGCUUCAAGUGUUCAACUCGUUCACUGAAGACAUGACGGUGAUCCGGUUGAGCACCCUCAAUCGGGAUCCGAGAAUCUUUUUCGAGUUAUUCGAUCAAUACCAGCCGCCGGUGCUUCGAAGUGGAAGGCUGACGAAUUUGGGAAGGGUGAUGUUCACACCGAGGGUUCCGUGUGCUGAAGAAUAUUGUUAUCUCGGAUUUCCGAUUAGUGUGAAUGACACAUCGGAGCCGGAUGGAGUUUCCGAUGGACAAUGGUUCGUACAUGGAUUACAACUUCCGGCCAAUCUCGCCGAGGUCGAUGCGUAUCUUUAUAAGAAACAACGCGCCAAAUUUGAAGCAUUGGUUGCGUCUGGAAAGCAUCGAGUCAAUACAACAAUAGUUCUUGACACCGAUAAAGCCAAAAAUAUCAAAAUCAAAACGUCGGCGGAAAUGGUGUGGCCGCGCCUUCUAACUCGCAACUCCAUCACGUUUCCCAAUACGGCUCUUGGCAAUUUUACGAUUAUGAAUUUGACACUAGCGAAUCCGUCGAAUUUACCUGUUGCCAUUCAAGUCAUCCCUCUGGUGAUAUAUCCCGACGCCGAGAAUCUCGUCGAGCUCUUCAGACCCUAUUUACAGAGUCCGCUAACCGAACACGUGGAAAUGAAUGAGACGCUGAUGUUUUCGCUGCGAGACACCGAAUUGUUCACAUUGAAGCCGGACUCGCCGAUUCCAGCACUACGCGAAGAAUUGGAGAGAAUAAUUCCGGUGAACGGAAUCCCGCGAUUCACGCUUUCGAUGCUUCUCAAACCGCACAUGAAGGUCCGGUUGCGCGUCGGAUUCCUGCCGACCGAUUACCAAUUGCGAUCGUCGCUGCUGCUCAUCCGAAACAAUCUCACCGUCAUCGAGCCGGUCGUCGUGUACGGACGAGGCGCCAAAAUUGGUGUGCGAGUCGAGAACGCCGAAGCGCGCUCAUCGAAGCCACUACUGUUCGAGAUUCGCCACGAUCAUUUGAGUGAUUGCAACAAUCCGAAACGCAAGAAGUGUACAUUUAAAGACCGAAACGCGACAGAAUCUGAAGAGAAAGAGCUUUUAGCGUUGCCGGCUCUUGAAGCCGAAUAUGCGCUAAAAGAAAAAGUUCUCAUCGAGGUGUUCAAUGGAACACUUAGAAGUCUCAUGCACAAACUGCAUUCAACACUUACAGUACGACGACCGUUCAAUGUCUACAAUACAGGCGACGUUGAGUUCACCGUGACGAACAUGAGCAUCAAUAGUGUUUCGUGCGAGAAUCGCGGAUUCCGCAUUCUCAAUUGCUAUCCGUUCCGUUUACUACCGAAUGAGUCGUAUGCACUCGAUAUCGCGUACACACCAGACUUCCUCGCGACCACCAAUGAGGCCGAUCUUCAAUUAUACAUGCAUAUGAAUGGCAGUGCUUGGCUGUUCCCGCUGGCGGCUACGGUACCUGCUGAUAUGCUGGCAAAGUGCCAUCAGGCGCUUCCAAGGCCGCCGUUUGAAAAUAUGAUGUACUACAGUUGCGUGACGGCGUUGAUAUUUUGUCUGGUGUGCGUUCUAGCGUGCGCAUAUUUGGAAGGAGAUCGAACCAUCGCAUGUGCAAUUCGGCAGCAAUUCGCCACACCGAGACAUGUGUUUGAUUUGAACAAUCUCACGAAGAAGGAGCCCGAAGCGACGACGUUGGACGACAACAAACCGGAAUGGAAAGAACGCGCCCCGUCGACACUUCGCGCGGCGAACGAUGCCUCAGUCAUUUCGCGAAUCACUGUCCAAAUUGCCAAUUGGGUUGUGCUUGCGGUUUAUUACGUUCUAAAGCCGUUGAUCAUUCGAAGAAACAACGCCGCCGAGGUGCCGACGCCGACAAAACCAGGAAAACCGAAGAAGAAGAAGAAGAACCCGGUGACAUUGAUCAAACAAACUACCGAAGAUGAAAGCGAUGCAUCCGUACGAACCGACGUAACCAACAACAAUAAGAAGACGUCGACAACAACAACGACGGCGCUUACACCGAAGCCUCCACCAGCCAAGGUGUCCAAGUCGCCGAAAGCGCACGUGCAGUCGAAGAAUAGAAAGAAGAGUGUGGAGCAGACAAAGUUGGCGACAGUUUCGAGAGAUUCGUCGAGACAUAGUGGUAAGAGUAGGCAGCAGAAUAAGAAGAAGGCUGAACCGGAGCCGGAGCCAGAAGACGCAAGAAUGAAAGAGAAGGAGAAUAAGACGAAAGAAGUUAAGAAGGUCUCACGGCAGCGCCCGCCGCGGACACCGUCGCCGCCAUCGGAGCCUGAACCGCCGCCCGAGCCGGAGCCACAACCUCAAUUGCAUGCUCAGCCCCAACCACAACUAGUGCCUAAUAAUAUUCCAGCAGCUCCGAUCAAUUAUACCGAUCCGAGUGUGAUUGCGGCAUUCCAAGAGUUUAUGCUCAAUGGCGGAACGCCGAUGUAUGCGCCAAAUCCGGCAGUUUGGAAUUCGGCAGCUGCGGCGGCGGCAAUGCCGUUCCUCAAUGUUGGAAUGCCUUGGGGUUUCGGCACGACGAUGACGCUCGAUCAACUGUACCUCAUUCAACAGCAGGUGAUGCAACAGCCGGAGUAUCCCCCGCCGCCCGUCACUCCAACGCCAGUCGCCGCAACGUCUAGUGAAAAUGUUAGCGAUGCGGAAGAGGCGCCUGAUUGGGCUGAUGAAGAAGUGAAUGCGAGCGAUGCUGAAGCCGAUUUUUCGACAAUGGCAGCUGCGACUAGAUUUAUGGAUGAUGAGGACGAUGAUCGAAGGAAGAGGAGCUCGAGUGUGGCAAGUUCGGUGACAUCAACACUUUCGCGACGGUUGGAUCAUGCAACACAGCAGGUGCAAUCUCGCCGAUUGACUAUCGGAAGCGAGAAGAAAGAUCGCGUCGUGGAUCCGUUCACUUCAUUCGAUCAACCGCCUGCCCAGCAAGGAUUAUACGGAAUUGACUCGGGACUAUCAUCCCUCUGGUCUUCUAGCACAUCGUCCGACGUUCCAACCGUGUCCAGCGAGCCGGUGAAUUCGAUUUGGGGUGGCGUCAACUCGACAACCGCCACCAAUUCGAUGUUUUCGGAUUUCGGCAAUCACGAGUUUGGCAACACGAUGUUCACGGGUCGAGAGUUCAAUUUAUGGUCCGACUCAAAGUUUGAUCCGACAACAGCAUGGGCCAACUUGGGGAAGCCCGAUAACCCAGAGGAGCCAGAGAAGGAUAAAAAAUAG